CCUCUUCCAACCUUGUGGCCCUGGAUUGGCCACCGAGUGGAAGGACAGGCCCAGAAGCCCACCCUCCCUUCUUACGUUCUGAUUCAUGUCAGGCCAUAGUUGCAUGUCCUCUGCACAAGCGCCUCAAUAAAGAGCUGACCACACCAUGGCCGACAACGAUGCCGACUCGGCAGCCUUGUUUGCUGGCUUCGAUACCCUUGAUGACGACCUCGCAGUAUCGGCGUUCCUUGACAACUCCCCGCCGCCCUCCGAUCCUCCCACCUCCGCCGGUGUCUCGAGUACUGGCGCUGUAGGCGACUUCCCUUUCUGCAACUCCAGCGCCCCCUCAUCCUCCGUCCCAGCGAUAUCGACGUCCGCCGAGACCCAACCCUUCAUCAGUCCCGCCUCCGCUCCCGACUGGGGCCUUGAAGACUCGGUUCCCUACGACACGUAUAACGGGAAUCCCUUCGACACCACCGGGUUGUGCCCACAGCUCUGGGACUUCCGAGCUGAUGCCACUGCUAGUGGGCAUCAUAUUGGACAAGCUAGACACGCCGGGUUCUCGCUGGCCAGCAACCUGCGCCCCAACGCAACUCCCGACGACGCAGUUAUCCGGCCGAACCUACGCCCUGAGAUCCUCCACGGCUUAACCCUUGCUCAGCAGGAAAAACUUAAAAGCAUUGCCAUGCCAGCUCACCUUCAAUAUCACUCGCCGAAGAGCGAGCCUAGUCCCGGCUCGAGCAUGAGCGGGAAUGAGAAAGGCGCAGCAUCGUCCCCAGAUACCGCAGACCCAUCGAAGGCCGGUAGCCGGAAACGAAAGUCCACGGACGAAGUUGAAGACGAUGACGACUACGAUGAGAUUGACGGCCAGCAACCCGUCAAGAAGACGGCUCACAAUAUGAUCGAGAAGCGGUACCGGACAAACCUGAACGAUAAGAUCGCCGCGUUACGAGACAGCGUCCCGGCUCUGAGGAUCAUGUCCAAGAGUGCCCGGGGAGAGGACACGACGGAAGACAGAGAAGAAUUACAUGGUCUAACUCCCGCACACAAGCUCAACAAGGCUACGGUCCUAAGCAAAGCCACCGAGUACAUCAGGCACCUAGAGAAGAGGAAUAAUCGUCUGAUUGACGAAAACAACUCGAUGCAGGCUAGGAUAAGCGCCUUCGAGAAGCUCUUCAUGGCCGGCGCCCUGACUUCCGCAAUGCCCAGCUCCCUGCAGCACUCCCCUCCACUACAGUAUGCCCAGGGACCCCAACAAUACAUGAACACGCCAAUGGCCACACCGAGGGGCAUGGACCCUCCCGGGAUGAUUCAGGUACCGGAAGACAUGAGAAAGAUUUUGGCCGCACAGCAAGUGGCGGCCGGACAAUCAUACGCGAUCCCGGCACAAUCUUUCCAGACAAACCCCACUCUCACUCGCCAGCAGCAGAUACAGCAACAACAACAGCAGCAGCAGCAGGCAAGUCGCUGGACAAAUGGCGCUCCGUACUUUGGCAAGCUGAUGGUCGGGUCGCUCGCUGGUCUGAUGAUCGUCGAGGCCAUCCGGGAGAACGAACAGAGCAACGAGAGCCCGGGAGGCCGGGGACUAUUUGCUCUCCCUGUCCAGCUCCUUAUGUCGUUCGUGAACUCGACCCAUUUCACCAUUGGAGGCUAUACUAUCUCCACGGCUCGGUUCUUUUCGUCACUCAAGCUCCUGAUAUUGUUGGGUGCCAUGCUAUGGGCAUUUGUACCAUCGUUGUUCGCUUCGAAACCACCGAAGAGCGGGGAGAAGGCGUUUAAUCCUUCCCUCCGAGGCGUACCGUCUCUGGCCUCACCUAUUCAUGUCAGACGUCAAGCAUGGCUCACCGCAAUCCAGACCGUUUGGGUGCCAAGGCACAACUUCUUUUUGGAGGCGGCUGCUCUUGUUCUGAAGACCAUGAAGUUCACCUUGAGGAACACCAUGGGCGUGCGCGGCUACCAGCUGUUGACUGGGCUGACUGAAGAGCAAGAAACUGCUAGAAUCAAGGCUUGGACUAUUGCGCUGGAUGCCCAACUCGCUGGCGGGGAUGUCGAGAUCAACAAGAGCCGUCUCACUCUGACCUUGUUGGCCUCUGGCACGCUUCCUGAUACGCCCCAGCGACUGAUGCUGAAGGCAUUACACAUCCGGGUUCUCCUGUGGCAAGUCGACAUUUUGCCCGGCAUCUUCAACGUGCUGGCAUCGAAACUGGCCAGGUCGAAUUGGAACGAAGCCAAGCAUCUGAACCGCCUGUUGAACCAGCUCCGCAAGGGAUCCAACACGGGAACUGACGACGACCUUCCCGACCACCUCUCUGUCCUCCUGGAGCAAGACUGUGACGAUGUUCUCAAUGACGACGUUGUGCAGAGGGCCCACAACUUGGCUUGGAAUCGACACACAGCCCACAACGCUCUUGAUAUGAUCGACGGCAUGAACAGCGUUGUCGACGAUACUGCUGUUAGAUCUCCCAUGGACGCCGUGUCCGCCUGGUAUUCCAGCGCCAUCCUCCAGCGCAUCCUGGCCUCGAACCUCGGGGGUGAGAGGCACAGGACAACGGAAGCGGAUUUGGAUCUUGCGGUCAAGGUAGCGCCGAUCGGUUCGAAUGCCCAGGUCCGGGCCCUCGUCGCACGCACUUUCCUGCUCGACAAGAAGCGUGGCGCCAAUAUUGCCGCUGCGAUGCAGGCGAUGCAGCCGUCAAUUGAUACCGAGCAGUCCCCUCAAUACACCAGGGGCGCACCUCUUCCCCUUAUCGAUUCGCGCAUGGCGCCCAACUUCCCCGACCCAGACACUCAUAUGGCUUUGCGGUGCUCUCAGGGAAUUGCCCACCUCCAGAAGUUCCAUUCGCCUCCGCAAUGGGCGCUGGAUGUCAUCAACACCAUCGUCCCCCCGCCCGGCUCCGAGGGCAUGUCCCUGCUCAGCUUCACCGCGGCGUUCCACCUCAUGGACCUCCUGCGGUCCCACCCCGUCGGCAGGGAGGCGUGCUCGGCCUCGCUGGAGAUGCUCGCCGGCUCCCUGCGCAUCUGGGUCGGCGGCAGCGGAGGGGACGGCUGCGGGCUCGACCAAGACCUCCGGCGCAAGAUGGUCGAUUGCUGCCUGGCCGUCACCAAGAGCGUCGUCGGCAUGGAGGCCGAUCCGGGCUACGGGAGCAUGAGCGACCGCGAGGACGAGGAGGGGGGUUGCUGACCACUAUCCCCUUGCUCUGUCGUUGCUCCCCUGAUGAUGAAUGCUCCUCUACACUGUAUUAUUCAUGGGUUCUUCCUUGCGCAUCAUCAUGCAUUGCCAUACUAAAGCUUGGCCUGGCGUCGGACCAGGAGGGCCUAACUGAGAUUCCGGGGGUUUUAUUUUUAUUUUUUUGGCUUCCACUAUAAACUGUUGUGCAAUUAACUUUCCUUUGUUGUCUCGUCUGUGGUUUCGGCAUUGCCAGCGGUGGAAAUAUGUGGAAUCUGAAGACUAAAAAAAGGCUGGAAACUGGAGUUAAUUUGAGCUAGAGGAGCAAAGGUUGCUGAGCUGUUGGCAUGGAUCAUUGUCAACAUCUGGGAAGGCGAAGGAGAUUUAAGGGGCGUCUGCCUAGGCUGUAUAAUUAGGUACUAUCGCAACUUAAAGCUUCAUUCGGACACGCUUGCCUCUCACUAGAGCG